AAGUGGGCUCUGAUGACAGAGUCGCAUUGAUUUUCUCCACAUUAAAACAACAACAAAGACACAUUUAUUCAAGAAAUAAGACGUCGUCCCGGCAGUAUAUAAAUAAAUAUAGAACCCCAAAAAGGGAGUCGGCCCAGCCAUGCUUACGGAUGCAGAUCAAUUUCCAGAUGCUUCCGGCGCAAAGAGGCCCAAGAAGAGAACAGCUGCGAUGGAUUCGCCGGGAGAUGGCCAGUCCUUACGCUCCUCUGGAAGGCAGAGCAACGUUAGAGUGAAGCGCAGCAACAACCCUCCUCCUGGGCAGACUAAAAGGAAGUCCACGGACACAGAGGAAGAGGAGGACCAGGGUGAUAAGAAGUACAGGAAGUGUGAGAAGGCUGGAUGCAGCGCCACGUAUCCAGUGUGUUUUGCUAGUGCUUCUGAGAGGUGUGCAAAAAAUGGCUACACGUCACGCUGGUACCACUUGUCUUGUGGAGAGCACUUUUGCAAUGAAUGUUUUGAUCAUUACUACAGAAGUCACAAAGAUGGCUACGAGACAUACGCUUCCUGGAAAAAGGUCUGGACAGGAAAUGGGAAGAGUGAGCCUAGUCUAAAAGCUUUCAUGGCCGACCAGCAGCUUCCAUACUGGGUCCAGUGCACCAAGGCAGACUGUGGAAAAUGGCGUCAACUCACCAAGGAGAUCCAGCUCACUGCCUCGCUAGCGGCCACAUAUCGCUGUGGGAUGAAGUUCAACAACGUCAAGACUGAAGGACAAGACCAGUGUUCUCUACCAGAGGAUUUGAGAGUGGCUGAGGUGACUGACAGCUGGUGGCAUUCCAUGUUGAUCCUGCCCCCGUUGUUCAAGCACAGCCCUGCCAGCCCGUUCCUCUUGUCCUACUACCCAGACUGUGUAGGCAUGAGCCCCUCCGGGUCCCCUAGCAACCAGUGCCUGGCUGAGCUGAGGGCGGAUCACUGCAGGGCCGUGCAGCCCCAGAUUCCAGGGUUGUGUCCGUACUUCCAGCCCUUCUACCAGCCCAACGAGUGUGGAAAGGCCUUGUGUGUGCGACCAGACAUGAUGGAGCUGGACGAGCUGUACGAGUUCCCGGAGUUCUCCCGAGAUCCCACCAUGUACCUGGCCCUGCGCAACCUCAUCCUGGCCUCCUGGCACAGGGACUGCACGGAGGUGCUGACUCCCCAGAAAUGUGCUCCUCACAUCAUCGUGCGAGGACUGGUGCGGGUACGAUGCGUGCAGGAGAUGGACAGAGUUCUCCACUUCAUGACCAGAAAGGGGCUUAUCAACACAGGAGUUCUUUCUGUCCAACAGGCUCUUCUCCCGAAGAGAUACCACAACAAGAAUGUAAUCGUCAUCGGAGCUGGGGCAUCGGGCCUGGCCGCUUCAAGACAGCUACAGAAUUUUGGCAUGCAGGUGGUGAUCCUUGAGGCGAGGGGCCGUAUAGGAGGUCGGGUCUGGGAUGAUAUGUCCCUGGGCAUCAACGUUGGUCGUGGGGCUCAGAUCGUGAAUGGCUGCAUCAACAACCCCAUCGCGCUGAUGUGUGAGCAGCUGGGAAUGAAGAUGCACACCCUGGGAGAGAGGUGUGAUCUGCUCCAGGAGGGAGGCAGGGCCACAGACCAGGCCAUCGACAAGCGCAUGGACUUCCACUUCAACGCCAUCUUGGAUGUGAUCUCCGAGUGGAGGAAGGACAAGUCUCAGCACCAGGACACGCCCCUGGGAGAAAAAAUCCAGGAGGUUUACAAGAACUUCCUUCAGGAGUCUGGGAUCCAGUUCAGCGAGCUGGAGCAGACAGUGCUUCAGUUCCACCUCAGCAACUUGGAGUACGCCUGUGGAAGCACACUGGACCAGGUUUCUGCUAGAUCCUGGGACCACAAUGAGUUUUUUGCCCAGUUCUCCGGAGACCAUACUCUGUUAACCAGCGGCUACUCCACAAUCCUCAACAAACUCUCAGAAGGCCUUGACAUCCGCCUCAGGAACCCAGUUCACGUUAUCGACUACUCAGGAGAUGUUGUCAAGGUAACCUCCUCCAACGGUGCUCAGUGGACAGCACAGAAAGUCCUCGUUACUGUCCCAUUGACAUUACUUCAAUCAAAUUCAAUUCAAUUUAUCCCUCCUCUCCCUGAAAGAAAGCUGAAAGCCAUCCAUAGUCUUGGAGCAGGUAUAAUUGAGAAGAUUGCACUACAGUUUCCAUAUAGAUUUUGGGACAUUAAGAUCCAAGGAGCAGACUACUUCGGUCAUCUUCCUCCUCGCCCAGACAAGCGAGGGAUGUUUGGUGUGUUCUAUGACAUGGAUCCACAGAGACAGAAGAGCGUCCUCAUGUCUGUGAUCACCGGGGAUGCUGUGCCCUCCUUCAUGGCCAUGGGAGAUGAGGAGGUGGUGGAGGAGGCCAUGAUGGUGCUACGUGAACUCUUCAAGGACCAGGAAGUCCCAGAGCCGGUAAAGCACUUUGUUACGCGCUGGAGCAAAGACACGUGGUCUCAGAUGUCAUACAGCUUUGUGAAGACAGGGGGCAGCGGUGAGGCGUAUGAUGUCAUUGCUGAAGAUGUUCAGGGAAAAGUGUUUUUUGCUGGCGAGGCAACCAAUCGACACUUUCCUCAGACAGUAACAGGAGCCUAUCUGAGUGGGGUCCGGGAAGCUAGUAAAAUAGCUGCCUUGUGACUUCGAAACCCUGUCUUCAAACCCUGCCUCAAAACCCUGCCUCAGAACCCUGCCUCAGAACCCUGCCUUGACUCCUUUGAAACAUUUAUACAUCAACUUGUCACCUACCACCAUGAUAAAACAAGAUUUGACUUGACUUCACUCAAUCUACUGUACUUUGUGCAAAUGCAGGAUUCAGUGAGGAAUUGACCUUAUUCACAAUAAACACCUGACUGCCUGACAACAUCCUAUAGGAAAUGACACUCACUGAGAACCCUGUCACUGUGUUUUUGUCCAAAACUAUGCACUAAAAUGGACAACUGGGUAUAAUGUUCAAAUUAGUACUUGUUUGUAGCACUUCUGAUGUGAUUUAUUACAUGGCAUGUUUGAGAUAGGAAUGGCUGUUUUGAAACACCAAAUAAAAAUGUUUUGUAGUGUUGUCUAGUGUUUUUACCUACAGGAUGAAUCCUGAGGUCUGAUAAUUUAUAGAAUUUUGAUAUCACAAUGAUUUAAUUGUAUCCUAAUUAGGUUACCAUGUGUUUGAGUUUGUAUGCUGUUACUUUGUCAGCCGUCACAAUGCUUGAGUAUUUAUGAUGUGUAAUAAAAGAUACAUG